UCUUCACACUCCGAACUCUCUUAAAACACACCCGCACGAAUUCACUUUGAUACCCAUGCUACUCUAGCAAAUAGAAGCACCAUCUUAAUUUUACUCUGUUGUUUGGUGGGGUCGUUCCCGGGAAGAUCUCGGGGAUACACGGCACCGACUUCCCAAACCGUCGGUGCGCUACGGUUUUGAAUAUGGAAUUGCCUCUGAUAUUUGCAUAUGUCACAUGGACUUUGUUUUGCGUUGGAGCUUAUGCUCAAUAUUACGAAGAAAUAGAUGAUAUUGAUGACGUGACUACAUGCCUUUUCGAAGGCGUGCGUUAUGUUGAUCAAGAAGAAUGGAAACCCGACGCCUGCACCUCUUGCAAAUGUUACUUAGGUAAUACAGUUUGCGAUACGGAAGAAUGCCCUGAUUUGGUUUGCAGGACUCAGAAAUAUGUACCACUGGGAAAAUGCUGUCCCGUAUGCGCAGAUGACGAUGCCGUAUUUGGCCCAGAGGAAACUGUGAGUCCGAGGCCUGCACCUGACUUUCCUGAUCGUCAAGUUCCCGCUGUUGGAUUGCCAGAUUAUGCUGUCGUUCCUGUUGUUGGCCCUCCUGGCUCUGAAGGAGAACCUGGAAUUCCUGGGACACCCGGAGCAAGGGGCUUACCUGGACAACCUGGAUCACACGGAUCUCCUGGAGAACCCGGUCCACCAGGUCCUCCUGGGCACUUAGGAUACGGCAAUUGGUUCAACCAGCUGGCACUGCAAGGAUUUUCUGGUGAUAAAGGCCCUGCACCUGAUGCAUUUCAUUUUAUGCAAGCACAAGUUGGCCCAGUUGGACCUCGCGGUUCACCGGGACCUCCUGGCCAGCCCGGACCUCAAGGUUUUCAAGGUAUACGCGGUGAAACUGGAGAUGCUGGAGCACCUGGACCAUCUGGAUCUCCUGGUCCGAGAGGUUUACCUGGUCUACCUGGAAAAGAUGGAGAGUCUGGAGAAGAUGGUCGACCUGGUCCCCCCGGCCCACCGGGAUCUCCGGGUCCAAGGGGUCCUCCUGGGCUUCCAGGAUUGCCUGGAGCAAAAGGACAUCGAGGAUUUCCUGGUAUAGAUGGAGCUAAAGGAGAGCAAGGCACGGCUGGAGAAAAAGGUAUGGUAGGCACACCUGGAAAAAUGGGCAUUCCCGGACCAAUGGGUCCACCUGGUCCCAGAGGAGAAAGAGGUAGAGAAGGGCCACCUGGACCUCCUGGUCUGAGGGGUAUUGAUGGACUGCCAGGACAACCUGGACCAACCGGACCAAUUGGAAGAUCAGGGCCUCCUGGAUUUCCUGGAUCUCCUGGACCAAAGGGUGAAUCUGGAGCUGUUGGACCUAAAGGUAGUCAGGGUCUUACAGGACCGAGAGGAGAAGCAGGUACACCUGGAAUACCUGGAGAACGUGGUCAGACUGGACCUCCAGGAAAAGAUGGAAUACCUGGUGAAAGGGGAAGCCCUGGUGAUAGAGGACCUAGUGGUGCUCCUGGAUUUCCUGGGGCUGUUGGACCUCCAGGUCUUGUUGGCGCUCAAGGCGUUCCUGGGCCAAAAGGCUCUCAAGGUAAUCGAGGAGAACCUGGUGUUAGAGGAGAAAGUGGUCGCAAAGGAGAACAAGGAACUGUUGGACCUAGAGGUUUGCCUGGAAUUCCUGGAAGUCAAGGAAAAAGGGGAAAGAGCGGCCCUCCUGGUCCCGCUGGUCCUCCAGGAUCACCUGGUGAACGAGGACCCGCUGGCUUAAGAGGAUUACCUGGAGCUGAAGGUGCACCUGGUAUGAAAGGUAUUCCUGGUGAUCGUGGAUUGGAAGGACCCAUUGGUCCAAAAGGUCCUCAGGGUGAUGUUGGACGCCAAGGUCCUCCUGGCCUUCAAGGUUUGAGGGGCCCUCCUGGAUCAGCUGGUUCUCCAGGAAAGGAUGGAUCUCCAGGCGAAAGGGGUGCUUCUGGGCUAGAUGGCAAACAAGGUCCUCCAGGCCCUCAGGGUACACAAGGACUACCUGGUUUAGUUGGUUUGCCUGGUACAAAAGGAGAAAAGGGUGAACGAGGGACUGAUGGUUUGCCUGGUAUACCUGGGCCUCAAGGACGAAGAGGAGAUUCCGGAAAAGAUGGAUUACCUGGUUUACAAGGAGAGCGAGGUCCGGCUGGUCAACCAGGAGCUAAAGGAGCUCCGGGAUCACCGGGUUCCAGGGGCUUUCAAGGAAUACCUGGUUUACCAGGAGCUGCUGGUCAGCCAGGAAAAUCGGGAUCACCUGGAACACCUGGAUCCCCAGGACAAGUUGGUCCUCAAGGUGAACGCGGUGAAAGAGGUUUCCCUGGAGAAAGAGGACCUGCUGGUCUUCCCGGACCUCCUGGAUUACGCGGAGAACAAGGGCCAUCUGGAAAAGAUGGCGCUCUUGGGCCUCGGGGAGAAAAAGGUGCUAAAGGAACUGCUGGUCCAUCUGGCUUAGUUGGACUUCCUGGUAGAAGAGGGGAUUUUGGACCUCCUGGGCCGAAAGGUGACAGAGGUGAUUCGGGACCAAUGGGACCAGCUGGUCCUCAGGGUCGUCCUGGAGAACCUGGUCCAAUUGGGUUAACUGGCAUACAGGGCCCUCAAGGCGAUUCUGGAGAAAAGGGUGCAAUUGGACAGCCAGGACAACAAGGUAACCCAGGGCCUCAAGGACAGCAAGGGGAGAAAGGACAACAAGGACCUCAAGGUCAACAAGGAUUUCCUGGACCUGUUGGUCUCCCUGGAUCUCGUGGAGUCAAAGGCGCUCAAGGUUUAGAAGGACCGAAGGGUGAAACUGGUGAUAUUGGUCCUCCUGGUCCUCCAGGGCAAACUGGUCAACGAGGCUUAACAGGACCACAAGGUGAUAAAGGGCCAAAAGGAGAUGAAGGGAAAAAGGGUCAUGCUGGUUUUCCUGGUACCCCUGGACUUCCUGGAACUGCAGGAACACCAGGUAAACAAGGUAAUCCUGGCCCUCCAGGAUCUCCCGGAGUUCAAGGAUUGACAGGAUCAAAAGGAGAUUCUGGUAGAGCUGGACCUCCGGGCCCACCUGGUAUUCCUGGUAUUAACGGUUUUCCUGGGGCUAAAGGUGAUUCAGGAUCUGAAGGCAGACCUGGCCCUCAAGGUCCUGCUGGUCCUGCUGGGCCCACUGGUGAGAAAGGUCCUCCUGGUUUGCCUGGAAUUCAAGGAAGAACAGGUCCUCAAGGCCCUAGAGGAUCUCAGGGUGAGAGGGGUCCUGAGGGAAAGACUGGCUCUGACGGUAAUCCUGGACUACAGGGACCACCAGGACCACGAGGACCACAAGGCGCACCUGGAGAGCCGGGACCUGAAGGCCCUCAAGGUAAAGAUGGACCACCCGGUGCUCCUGGAAGAGUUGGUGAGAAAGGACCAUCAGGUCUUCCUGGUCAGCCUGGGCAACCGGGUUUACCUGGUCUUCAGGGUAUUCCAGGUCCUUCAGGACCUCCAGGUGCUUCUGGGGAACGUGGACAAAGAGGUGAAAGAGGUCUGCCUGGGCAACCAGGACCUCAAGGAGCCCGUGGCUCACCAGGACCAAUUGGGCCAACAGGAGAUAAAGGGCCUAAGGGUGACAUAGGAUCUUCUGGUGACAAAGGGCAUAGAGGACUGCCAGGAUUACAAGGCCUUCCAGGUCCCACGGGUCCACCUGGAGAUAAAGGUAUGACUGGAGAUCCCGGCCCACCAGGAAUGAAGGGGCCACCUGGACCAAAAGGUCCAAUAGGUAAUCCAGGAAAUACAGGUCCACCUGGAAUGUUGGGUAUACCAGGACCAAGAGGUCCUCCUGGGGAACAUGGAAGAGAUGGCCCUCCAGGUCCAUCUGGUCCACCUGGGCCGCCAGGUCCCCCUGGUCCAGGCUUUCAGUAUGAUGCAGCCAUGUUACAAGCUCUUAUGUCUCAGGGACAAGUGAAGGGACCUGAUCCCUUACUAAGUGACCAGCCAGACUUGGAUUUGUCUUCUGCUUCACCCGAAGAAAAGAAAAAAUUAGUUUUCCAAUUUUAUGAGAAGCUCGUAAGAGAUUAUUCUGAACUUAGGAAGCCAACUGGAGAAAAAGAUUUCCCUGCGAAAAACUGCAUGCAGUUGGCAGGAGCUCAACCAUCUCUUCCUAGCGGGAAAUAUUGGAUUGAUCCUAAUGGAGGCAAUAAGAAUGAUGCCAUUGAAGUAUUUUGUAACAUGGAUACCAAUGAAACGUGCAUUAUUCCUGAUCCACAAGAUGUACCAAAAGGAAGCUACGUAAGUGGUCGUGGACAAAAAACAUGGUUUAGUGAAAUGCAGUCUGGAUCCACGUUUCAUUACAAGAUUGAUCAUGGUCAACUUACAUUCCUGCAAUUGUUGAGUGAAAGAGCAUCACAAAAUAUUACUUAUCAUUGCCGAAAUUCAAUUGCUUAUUAUGAUGCAAAGCAUAAAUUUUUCAAAAGAGCUGUGAAACUUAUGGCUUAUAAUGAUCUUGAACUUUCUGCUGAUGGAAACAAGCGCUUUGUGUAUAGUUCGCCAUUUGAUGGAUGUCAGUCUCGAAGUGAUGAUUGGUCAUAUUCCAUAUUAAGUUAUACAACUGACAAGCCUCAGAGGUUGCCUAUCAUGGACAUUGCACCUCGAGAUGUUGGUUUGAAUAAUCAAGAAUUUGGUAUUAGCAUCGGACAAGCAUGUUUUGUGUGAACUCUGAACUUUCUGUAUCAAAUCUGUGUGAUAAAGUUUUCUUAUGACUAGUUUAAAUGAAAUGAAUUACCAUACCUACUGAAAGAAGUCUUUCGUGUUAUUGAACAACUAAAUAACUUUAUCAGUAUUUAAUACUAAAUACGUUUUCAUGAAAUUUUAAAGUUGGGCUCAACCUUUUUCUCUGCCAUUGACCAGAAAUACAUGGAGCAUUCUGCAUCCAAUAUUUUUUAUGUAUAAUAUGUUGCACUGCCAUUUUAAAUGUAUUUAUGAACAUUUUAAUAGAAGAAUAAAAAUACUGAAAGAGAA